UUGUCCCCUUUUUUUUCCUACCACUCUCAGGGAGUAACAGAUGUGCUCUGUGAAGCCUGUGACCAGUUAGGAUGGAAGACACCAACUAAAAUUCAGGUUGAGGCUAUUCCUGUGGCUCUCCAAGGCCGGGAUAUCAUUGGGCUGGCAGAGACAGGCUCUGGAAAAACAGGAGCUUUUGCUUUGCCCAUCCUGCAGGCUCUGCUGGAAACACCUCAGCGUUUAUUUGUUCUUGUCCUCACACCAACCCGGGAACUCGCCUUUCAGAUCUCCGAGCAAUUUGAAGCUCUUGGAUCCUCCAUUGGUGUCCAGAGUGCUGUUAUUGUGGGUGGAAUUGACAUGAUGUCACAGGCUCUAACCUUAGCCAAGAAGCCACAUGUUGUAAUUGCAACACCUGGCCGUCUGAUUGACCAUCUGGAGAACACGAAAGGUUUCAACUUGAGAGCUCUUAAGUACCUGGUUAUGGAUGAAGCUGACCGGAUCCUCAACAUGGAUUUUGAGACCGAGGUGGACAAGAUCCUGAAAGUGAUUCCACGAGACAGGAAGACAUUCCUCUUUUCUGCCACCAUGACGAAGAAGGUGCAAAAGCUCCAGCGUGCUGCACUGAAGGAUCCUGUUAAAUGUGCUGUAUCCUCCAAGUAUCAGACAGUUGAAAAAUUGCAGCAGCAUUAUAUUUUCAUCCCCUCCAAAUUCAAGGACAGUUACCUGGUUUAUAUCCUGAACGAACUAGCUGGGAACUCCUUCAUGAUAUUUUGCAGUACCUGUAACAACACUCAAAGGACCGCUCUCCUGCUUCGCAACUUAGGUUUCACUGCCAUCCCCCUCCAUGGACAGAUGAGUCAGAAUAAGCGACUGGGGUCCUUGAAUAAGUUCAAAGCAAAGGCCCGUUCCAUUCUGCUGGCUACAGAUGUUGCAAGCAGAGGUCUGGACAUCCCACAUGUGGAUGUGGUGAUAAAUUUUGACAUUCCCACACAUUCUAAGGAUUACAUUCACCGUGUGGGAAGGACAGCUCGAGCUGGGCGGUCUGGCAAAUCCAUCACCUUUGUCACUCAGUAUGAUGUGGAACUGUUCCAGCGCAUUGAACAUCUCAUUGGCAAGAAGCUGCCUGUAUUCCCCACACAGGAGGAGGAGGUUAUGAUGCUAACAGAGCGUGUGGCAGAAGCCCAGAGAUUUGCUCGUAUGGAGUUGCGAGAGCAGGGAGAGAAAAAGAAGCGAUCCCGAGAUGAGGCUAAUGAUGAUGAUGACACAGAGGGAGCGACAGGGGUCAGGAACAAAGUGGCUGGUGGGAAAAUGAAAAGAAGGAAAGCCCGUUAGCCAGAUACUUAAAAGUUCUGUCCCCUUUGAGAUACCUACCACACUGUAUCUCCAUCAAACCGCAAGCCUCCAGAGGUACACUUGUGAAUGGCAGGCCACCGUCUCUGCAUCUCCAGCACUGUCUUCAGUGAUAGAUUGAAUCUGCACCCUGUUGCUAUGCUGAAACGGUCAUCCUAUGAAGGGUUGGUACCUGUACUAUUUCUGGACUGUAAAAGGAGUCGUCUCCUGCAGUUGGACUCUCCCCUAGACUUGGAAGCAGCAGUCUCCUGGCAAACCCCGUUUUUGUGGGGGUUAAAUGGAAAAUAUUGGUCUGUGGACGCUUUCUUUUUCCCAGUCAUACUGCAGCCUAUUGUAACUCACCGUCCAAACCUCAGUGGGUGCCUCUUUAUAAGACAAUUGGAAGGAAGAAGAAAACUGAGAAGCACCUUCUUAUAUUUUCCAGCUUAUGUAUAUGAUGCUCCAGGAUGGGGAUCAAAAACUCCAAAUAUAUUUUGUUUAACCACAAAUCA